GCCCUGGCACUGCUUAGCUUACGUCCGCUGCGAUUGACGGCAGAGGACAUUGUGGACCUCAAGGAUCAGGUGGAGUUGCGGUUGAGCCGCCACUUCUAUGAUCUGGCAGCCCUCGCGCCCCAGGAUGCUGAGGCCUACGCCCGCAUGCGCUCCGUCGCGUGGCAGCGCUAUGGGCUUGACCUCCUGGAUGGGGGGCUUCCUGCGGGAUCGCUUGCUCAGGGGUUGGAUGUAAUUGACGUGAUGCGAAAUGUCCACCUGCUGGCCACACAGUACUGCUACAGUCUUCAUCAGCAGUUCUUCACGCAGGCCUCCAACCAAGGGGAAGCGAAGAUUCGUACCAUCACGGUGGAGCACCUGGCGGCUUCCAUCCGCGUCCAUGGCUACGGUGUGAUCAACACGGCAGUCAACUACAGUGUUGGCUUCAUCAAGCGCAAGCUGGAGGUCGUUGCGGAAUUUCUUGCCGACGAAUCAGUCAAGUCGAGGCUCCUUGCCGACAAGCAGUGGAUGCAGGGGCGAAGCUGCUACACCUGGGCUCGAGGAGUGGAGUCGGCGAAGAUCAUCCGAAGGCUGGGCGCUGGUCGAGAUGGAGUUUCUUUCCUGGACAAGCUGCGACAGGUGGUGUCGCAGAUCGGAAACAGCCUGGGUUACGUGAGGAUGGUGAGGACUGCCGGCAUGCGAAGCAUGGCAGGAAGCCUUGACUUUCUCGAGGCAGCACCCUGGCUGGGCCGACGUGAUGAAGGCCCUGAUGGCAUGACGAACGAAUUCUUGGAGGCUGCGGAGAGCACCGGCAGUGAUGUAGCCGUGAAGGAGGCUGCGCAUCUCGCAGAUGUUGCCGCGCGCAGCGUACGGCGGUGCUUCGAGGCCAGCACCGACCAUCUCAACCUUCUGGCCGAUGUCUUUACGAAGGCCCUAGCCAGGCCCCAGGGCGGUGGCGUUGCGCCCCGCCUCUUCCAUCUCCUGGUGCCUGUCUUGGGCUGCUGUUUUCUGGAUGCACUGCUCUUUGGGCGCGAGCUCCUUGCCAAGCGGGCAGUCACGCCGACAGGCGCAAAGGGGGACGCCGUACUUUUUGAUGACGGUUUCGCCGUUGGUGUGGCUUUUGUGCUUCGAGUCUUCGGUCUCGAGAGAGACUUUCAGUCCCUUCAUUGGUUUCAGACGGAGAUCGCCGACAGCGACGUCGCAGUGGGUCGGGCAAGAGAGGCUGCUGGACUUCCCUUCCAGGACUCGCAACGAUCUGCAGCGCAGGCCGCUGCUGACCGGAGGGCGCUGCUUUCCGCAGAGCUGGGGCACCUUGCCGCCGCAAUGGAGGCCGCCAGCGCCCUCUUCGGUGCCCAUGCAGUGGAGAGCCCAGCUCCUGAGGAGCCAGGCCCCGCCGCAGACACGGGCGACGACGCUGCUGGCGAU